AUCGCGUUCAGGCUGUGAUAGCUGAUGUUGCAAAUCCUGAGUUGCAGCGACCUGGUCUGAUUGUAUUUCUGGGUAACGUAUCGAAAGCUGUCGCGCUUCGCCAACUAUUUGGUCUAAAAGCCAAGCAGGCUGGCAAUAGCAGAUCCAUAGGGGAGGUUCACCUUCACAUUGAUUCUUCAACUGUCAGCACUGAUCGCCCCCUCUUACUCGCGGAUGGAGACUUCAGCUUGCGUCACACCCGGUCAAUAAGUUCUCGAUUUGAGAAGUGUCAUAGCACAACUCAUCACUCACUUCUUCAACCACAUACUUCAAGCUUAAAUGAUGUUGCUAACGCAUUAUUUUAUAACUUAUUGUAUCCAUUCACUGAUAUAUUCUGUUUCUUCGCCUCUGACUUGGGUGGUUUUAGACAGAUCUCGCGUCGUAUUGCAGCUUGGAUUGAGACGGAGAGCUUCACAAAUCUCCCAUCAUGUACGAAUCCAAAAGUAAUUAUAGUUACUGAAUCGGUCUCUUCUACUCUGGACUAUGAGAAAAAUGCGAAAACUACAUUUUUGUGGUUUCUGAGACAGGAAACUCAGAAGAACGUGUCUACGUACGUGUCCUCGAUCGAAGUCGUCGCUCUACUUCCGGAGGGAAGAGUAUCCCCAGAGUCUCGGUACAGGCGUUUGAAAGAACGUCUAUUAGACGGUUGCGACGAAGUAAGGGGACAAAGAGAUAAAGCAUCGACACUCUUCUCUACUACUCAUUUUGCGGCGUUCUUGAAUUUAGCCUGUGGCCACUUUUGUCAUAACCCUACUACAGCGUUUAAUUUCAUCAAAGCAGCUCGCACACAAAACCCUAUAUCAGAUCAUUUGACUGGGCAUAUUUCUACAUUCCUAGGCCGCACCAGUCACGAAGAACUUGACGGUUUUGUCGCUAAGACAAUCGGAUCCAGUCUGCUUCUUGAUAAUUAUCCACCAGGCUCUCACAAGUUUGACCCCAGAGUUGUGUUUGAAACGUUAUAUCGAGAACAAAUCUCGAAUGCAAUUAAACAAAAUAAAAUAUCAUUUCAGAAUAUGGUUGGGCUUAUUGAAAGGCAUAUGUCGGAAUUUUUUGAUACCUUGAUUCAGACUGCAGUAGUAACAGCAGCAGACGUACAUCGAGGACAAUUGGAGCGAUUCCGUAUUAAUUGGAGCAAAAUUCACAGCACCAGCACAUGCUUGUCGUGCCUUCGACGACGACCGCAAUAUGCACUCCCCUGCAAGCACUCGGUUUGUGAAAACUGUGUAUUAGUGUUUGGCGACUGCUGCAUAGACGAUCCGUGGAUCUACAAAAUACAAAACUGCUGGUUGUGUGGAUUUGACACCAAUGGCCAGGUAUUAAUCCGAAUGCAGCCUCCUACUGCUGGUGCCGGGAUAUUAUGCAUUGAUGGAGGAGGCGCGCGGGGGAUCAUUCCCUUGCAGCUACUCCAACGAAUUAAAGAUAGUAUUGGGCUUCCAAUACCAUUGCAAAGGUUUUUCAAGGUAGCUUUUGGCAUCAGUUCAGGUGGCCUCAUAGUUCUGGCACUUUUCAACGGCGGACUUUCGGUCGAAGAAUCCUCUAGGGUUUUUGAAGAGCUGUCCCGGUAUGCAUUCGCCCCACGCAAGGUAUUCAAGAUUCCUUUCCUUUCUAGCGUCCAAAAAGCGGUGCUUUCAUACAUUAGGGACAGUUUAUACCCGGCCGAAAACAUCGAGACCCCUUUAAAAGCUAUAUUUGGCACAGAUAAAAGUAUCAUUGAUUGUUCAUACGCCAGUUUAACGGGAACUAAGGUAGGUAUACCAGUAGCCACAGCUGAUGAAAGGCCAUCUUGCAAGAUUUUUACGAACUAUAACGGCGCAAAUGAUCAAAUAGAUACGCGAUUGAUCCGUCCUGGAGAUGAUUACGGACGGGUCCCACUGUGGGAAGUGGCCAGAGCGGCAUCUGCUGCCCCUGGAUUCUUUCCCCCGAAGCAUAUUCAAGGAGUGGGAACCUUCCAGGAUGCGGGCCCCUUGGAGAACAAUCCUAUUGUCUCCGCAUUGACAGAAUUCAAAACUGUUUUCCCCUUAAUCAAGAAACCGGAUUUCGUUGUGUCGCUAGGAACGGGUUCGGCUCGUGUGGAUAAGACAAAUCCUACUGUGGUGAGCCACCUUAGAUUCUGGCGUAAUAGAACUCUCCUGCGGUUAUAUCGACUUUUUAUGGAAAAAACCCGUGAUAGAUUGCUUACCUACGCAUUUAAACCGGACCCGGGCGUUCAUCGGCUGGAUGUAGAUUUUGAAGGUGAGGAACCUAGACUGGAUGAUGUCCACAGUAUAUCUGCACUCAAGUAUAAAGUGCUAUCGGACCUUUCUCUUUCUUCUGUUAUUGAUGUUGUUGCACGUAAAUUAACAGCAUCCCUAUUUUAUUUCGAGCUGAAUGCCGUACCUGAACGUAUUAAUGGAGACUACAGGAUACGUGGCAGUAUCCUCUGCACUCUUCGUUAUCCUGAUCCAGCAUAUAAGUCGCUAUUAGAAAAAUUCGCGCAUGACUCGGUAGAGUUUUAUAUUGAUAACAUUCCACUUCCUGGUGACUUUAAGGAAGAUCUCAAGUUUUACAAUAGUAGACAUUUCCGUAGACUAGUCUCGUUCAAUGUUGCGGACGAUUUCUCAAUUAGGCUAAGGAAGCCUUCAAUGAGUCCAAACCAUAUAAGUGGAUCACCAUUUUCGAUCAAUUCGCUUUUGAUAUCUCAAGGUUUCAAUAAUGUUUUCGGACGAAGCGACUACAGAAAGAGGAAAUUCAUAGGUGAUGAUACUCCGAGUAAGAAACGUCGUCUUUGA